GGACAGCGGCUCGCACUCGACUGCGGGAGAGAUUUUGGGUGCGGGUCGAGCGUACUCGCCUCUUAUUCUCCCAAAUUACUCAUAAACAAAAGAUAAAGAAGGGUAUUUCAUAGAAAAUCUUUUUCUGGUCCUUUAAUAUUAUGCCAUUCUGAGGCAGUUUAUGAUCAAUUGUCGACGUUGGCUGGUGGCUGUGCGCUGGUUCUCUGCAGCGUGUCUCUUCUGCGUCUGGGAUCCCAAACAACAAACGUUCAACGUGACUCUUGGCGUGCACAGCUAUUGACUCUCGCGGAUAAACAGGCGUCUGUCCACGUUAACGCUUUUUUCAUAAAUUUUACUUUAAUAUGUUUCUGACAUGGCUCACAAAAAUUCUGAUUAGUUGGAUGCGAAACCGUCCUGCGUAAGUAAUAUGAAGUUUCUUAGUUCGUUACCAGCCUGGUUCAGGCAUUAAUGCGCACUAAACCUCUUUCGCCUGUUUGCCCAAAAUCAAUCAUUGACUUUUUGUGAUCUUCAACCCUCCUCUGAACGAUGAGGUUCUUCUACGGCGUUUUGUAUUGCACAUAAACCCCUCAAAGGAAGAAGAGAAAGCGCAGUUUUGCCGUCUAAAUUCGUGUUGUGAAGCCGCAUCAUAUCCUAUGCCGUUUUAAACGUCUCCACGGCACAUUUUGAGAUUGUCCAAGAGCAACGUCGACAAACGUACAAACACAAGGAUAAAGAUGAAGAAGUUCCGGAAGGUUUUGGACGGGCUGACGACUUCUUCACCUAUCAAUCCUGGUGGAUCUCCAGUGUACGGCAGUGCGGCCGGGACACCCAGUGCGGCACCGACACCGCGGGAACUGGACAUCCAGGAAACGCUGAUGUCAGAGCACUUCCAGAUCUGUAAGACGGUGCGUCAUGGAUUCCCUUGUCAGCCCACAGCUUUGGCGUUUGACCCGGUGCAGAAGAUUCUUGCCAUUGGCUCUCGUUCUGGAGGAGUACGGCUUCUGGGACGACCAGGAGUGGAUUGCCAUUGCCAGCAUGAGAGCGGGGCGGCAGUCCUUCAACUGCAGUUUCUCAUCAACGAGGGGGCGCUGGUCACAGCCUGUGCAGAUGACACGCUGCAUCUCUGGAACCUGCGACAGAGACGUCCAGCAAUCCUUCACUCUCUAAAAUUCAACAGAGAACGCAUCACGUUCUGUCAUCUUCCGUUUCAAAGUAAAUGGCUGUACGUGGGGACGGAGCGUGGAAAUACACACAUAGUGAACAUCGAAUCCUUUGUUUUGUCUGGAUAUGUCAUUAUGUGGAACAAGGCUAUAGAACUAUCAACAAAAACACAUCCAGGGCCUGUCGUUCAUUUGAGUGACAGUCCAAAAGAUGAAGGAAAGCUGCUGAUAGGUUUUGAGAGCGGUACAAUAGUAAUGUGGGACCUGAGGUCCAAAAGAACCGAAUUCAGAAUAUACUAUGAUGAGGCUAUUCACUCAGUGAGCUGGCAUCAUGAGGGGCGGCAGUUCAUGUGCAGUCAUUCUGAUGGCAGUCUGAGCAUGUGGCAUCUGAGAAACACAGCCAAACCUUUUCAAGUCACCUUUCCUCAUGGCAAAUCCCAGAGAGAUGGAAGAAAAGAGUCUUGUAAACCCAUCCUCAAAGUCGAAUACAAGACUUCCAGAAAUAGUAGUGAAGCUUUCGUCGUGUUUUCUGGGGGUUUGUCGUAUGAUAAGGCAGGACGAAGACCCACCCUCACCAUCAUGCAUGGUAAAGCCAUCACAGUGUUAGAGAUGGACUACCCAAUCGUGGACUUCAUGGUGCUCUGUGAGACGCCCUAUCUAAACGAGGUUCAGGAGCCAUAUGCAGUGGUGGUUUUGCUGGAGAAAGAUUUUGUUGUGGUGGAUCUAACACAGAGCAAUUUUCCCAUCUUUGAGAACCCUUACCCCAUGGACAUCCACGAGUCUCCAGUUACGUGCACGGCUUACUUUGCUGACUGUCCCCCUGACAUCAUACCAGUGCUUUAUUCCAUAGGAGCCAAACACAAAAAGACAGGCUACAGCCACAAGGAGUGGCCAGUCAGCGGUGGUACAUGGACUGUUGGUUCGCAGACGUAUCCAGAGAUUAUCAUCACAGGGCAUGCAGACGGAUCGAUAAAGUUUUGGGAUGCCACAGCGAUCACACUGCAGAUGUUGUAUAAGCUCAAGACGUCCAAAGUUUUCGAGAAGCCAAAAAGUGGAGAGAUGGGGCGUAGCGCCGAGCUGGUGGAGGAAGACCCUUUCGCCGUUCAGAUGAUCAGCUGGUGCCCGCAGAGCCGUAUCUUCUGUGUGGUGGGCAUCAGUGCCCACGUCAUCCUGUAUCGCUUUAGCAAGCACGACGCUAACACCACCAUCACAUCCUUGGAGGUGCGACUACAGUGCGAUACGGAGGAUGUGAUAUCUCCGUCUGAUACUGAAAACACCCCAUGUUUUUCGGACCCCAGCGGCCAUUCUCCCCAACCCCAGCCCCCCAGUCCCCGCAGCAACACACCGGACAGUGUGCGGGACAGCAUUCCCUGCCUUAAGGUUAAAGAUCGUAUGAUUCGAAUGCCUCCCGGAUACCAGGCGGAGCUUGUGGUUCAGUUGCUGUGGGUCGACGGAGAGCCACCACAACAAAUCACCAGUCUGGAUUUGAACUCCGCUUAUGGCCUGUUGGCUUUUGGUAACUGCAAUGGUUUGGCAGUUGUGGACUACCUGCAAAAAACUAUUCUUCUGUGUAUGAGCACUGUGGAACUGUACGGAUCUGCGGACCCUUUCCAAAGGCUAACACGCUCUCCUCGUAAGAACCGUCAAUCCACAUCAGACACUUGCAUGCGUGGCCUGUCUAACUUUUAUUCAGAUUCAAAGAAACGGAUCCGUACUUCUUACCAGAGCCUUACAGAGCUUUCUGAUAACCAGGUAUCUUUGGACCUGGAAAGGAGCAAGUCACCCACCUCAGCACCCUACUCCCCUUCCCUCCAUAAUGACCCACGAGGCACAGGAGAACCUGUGUCUAACCUCCGGUCCUGCCACUACAGUCCUGUCUUUUAUCUCCUGGACAAUGUAAAGGGACCAGGCAGAAAGUUAAGUCUACCCACAGAUCUUAAGACUGAUCUUGAUCAUGUGAAUGGACAUUGCACUAGCCCCACCUCCCAGCCCUGUCCGUCUGGGAAGGCCAGAGUCCCGGGGGGCCCAGAAGGUGCACGCCUCGCCCGCAGAGGGCCCGGCCGACCACCCUUCCGCAAGGCCCAGUCCGCCGCAUGCAUGGAGGUCUCUUUGCCUGUGUCCUCCCUCACCGAAGGUUAUACGUCCCGACGGGCCAUGUUGCAGCAGUUACAUGGAGUCAGUAUGUACUCUCACGAUGAGCAUCACAUCACCAGCUACUCCUGGAGCGAGAGAGAGAGCCGAGAAAACUCGUUCAGUCGUUCACGGAGCUCCAGUGUUUCCAGCAUUGACAGGGAGACUAAAGAGGCCGUGACCACCUUGCAGUUUGCAGAGUCGUAUGGGCGUAAGUCGGACACCCUGCCUACGCCCUGUCUGUGGGUGGGAACGAGUCUGGGCAUGGUGCUCAUCAUCCCGGUGUCCAUCCCUAUGGAUGAGGAGGAACGUCAGGAAGAGCCAGUUACUGUGGCUCCCACUGGAACAGUUUUAAUGCUAAAGGGCUCCGUUUUGCGGUUUGGCUUCCUUGACUGUGGGGGCGCAUUAAUCCAAAAUCCCUACGAGGUGUGGCGGGACCUUCAUGCCCCAGAGGACCCAGAUCGACCCCGCAAACGAAAGCUGGUCAACUUCUCGCCCUCCUCCUCUCAAGAGGCCUGUGGAGAUGGGCACUUAGCCGUUGUGUGUUCGGAGAGGCAGGCCAAAGUGUUCCUCAUGCCUUCCCAGGCGUGUCUAUACGUGCACAACAUCACCGAUUCGUCCUUUGUGUUGCGUGCCGAUGUGGUGUCCGUUUGCAACAGCGUUUGUCUGGCCUGCUUCUGCGCUAACGGACACAUCAUGACUCUAAGCCUUCCCAGUUUACGACCUCUGCUAGACAUCAGCUACCUGCCGCUUACAGACAUGCGCAUUGCCAGAACCUUCUGCUUUACGAACGGAGGACAGGCACUGUAUCUGUGCUCCCCUACCGAGAUACAGAGAAUCACUUACAGCCAAGAGAUGUGUGACAACCUACAGGAGAUGUUAGGGGAACUCUUUACACCCAUUGAGACCCCCGAGGCUCAGAACCGUGGCUUUCUUAAGGGCUUUUUCGGCGGCAACGCCCAAACCUUUGACCGAGAGGAGCUGUUUGGCGAGGCAUCGGCAGGUAAGGCAUCCCGCAGCUUGGCCCAGCACAUCCCGGGACAGGGUGGUAUGGAGGGCAUGAAGGCUGCAGCAGGCGGGGUGGUGGGGGAACUGGCACGAGCUCGCAUUGCCCUGGAUGAGAGAGGACAAAGAUUGGGCGAGCUGGAGGAUAGAACCGCCCAUAUGAUGACUAGUGCCGAAACCUUCUCUAAACAUGCUCACGAGCUGAUGCUGAAAUGCAAAGACAAGAAGUGGUAUCAAUUUUAGACGAUGCUGGGUAACGGUGCAUUUUGCUCUUCUGCCACAAGAGAGCGCUACUCUGGUACUUGGACUUCACAAAGAGAGCACUUCAAGGAUGGACAGAGAAUGACAUAAGGGCUGGUCAGCCUCUCUUCUGUCUGUGUACAGGAUUGUCUUACAAUGAUUGGUUUAAAAAGACUAAGGCCACAUUAUGAUACGAUGGACGUGUACCAUUUACAAGUAGGGGUUCCAUAAUCCCACGCUGUAAAUCCGACUUCAUUAAUGUACAGGGGUUGAUUUGGGUCUCCUUAAUUGGCUGGAGCUGUGUAGAUACGUCGAAAGUUACGAAAUCAACAAGGGUGCAUGAAACAAAAUGGAUGACCUAUAAAAACAUAAAACUGCCAUAUUAAAAAGCAGCAUGUUACUUUAAAACAAAGGAAAAUAAAAAACUUUUAUUUAUUAACAUAAGCCAAUAAUAGAAACUAUGACAAAAAACUUUAUAUUUUUUGAAAUAGCAAACAAAUA